AUGAAAGCUCCUGAAGGUUUACCAAAUUCAUCAAAGAAAUUUUGCCUCCUAAAGAAGUCCUUAUAUGGCCUUAAACAAGCCUCAAGGCAGUGGUUUGCAAAACUUGUUUCUGAACUUCUUUCUCAAGGUUUUUCUCAAUCCAAAAAUGACUACAGUUUAUUCAUAAGGGAUCAACAAAACUCAUUCACAGCAGUAGCAGUUUAUGUAGAUGACAUCCUUAUUACAGGUAAUGAUCAGAGUGUCAUCUCAACGCUCAAAACUCAUCUUCAUCAGGUAUUCAGCAUAAAAGAUCUGGGUAAACUUCACUAUUUUUUGGGCAUUGAGAUUGGAUACCUGCCAAAUGGCAUUGCUCUUACUCAACAAAAGUUCACCAAGGACUUAUUACAAUCUUCUAAAGUUGAUAUAUCCAAACCUGCUGUUACUCCUCUCCCUCAGAACCUCAAACUACAUCAAGAUGAAGGUGAACUUUAUUCUAAACCCAGCUACUACAGAAAAAUGGUUGGCAAACUUAAUUUUCUAACUCAUACCAGGCCUGACCUAGCCUAUACUGUGCAACACCUUAGCCAAUUCAUGCAGACACCAAGACUCCCACACAUCAAUGCCUUACACCACACAUUAAGGUAUGUGGCAAGAGCUUCAGGCCAAGGCAUACUAAUACAAGGAUCAGACAAGCUCACUCUACAAGCAUUUAGUGAUUCUGAUUGGGCCUCAUGUCCUAAUUCCAGACGUUCCAUAACUGGCUACAUUCUUCUACUAGGUGGCUCACCAAUUGCAUGGAAAUCAAAGAAACAAAGCACUGUAUCAAAAUCAUCUAGUGAAGCUGAAUAUCGUGCAAUGUCUUCUGCAGCAAGUGAAGUGGCUUGGGUAGUUAGGCUCCUAGCAGAAUUACAAAUACAUUCCUUAUAA